AUGCCCUCACGUUCGCUCACUCCUUCGCCUUCCUCCUCCUCCUCCUCCUCCUCCUCCUCCUCAUCCUCAUCCUCUUGUGCUUUCCCCGUACAGACUCGCGUGAAAAAGGAUGCACGUUAUGCGCAUCCCGAUCGUGCCAGUGCACAAACCAACAGGCUUUCCCAGUUGAACGCCAAUGCUACAGCGCUGCACUACAGAGUGGAUUAUCGUCGAGGUUACUUGGUCAACCUUGGGGACACCAUAAACCUCACGUGCCCCUACACAGCUCCAUUCUACAAAUGGACUCCAGCGUCACAGGCCUCAUGGAUCCUCUCGGAGGACCAGAUGUAUUCCCUAAAAGCGGACAGCCUUUCGGUCACCGGAAAGUACAUCUGUAGCGCCGUCAACGGAUUUGGUCAUAACGCAGCCGAGUUCAAUAUUAAAGUUAUUGACAAAUUCUCCCCUGCACUCGAACAAAACUGUGCACUCCUGUCGAAUGGUCGUGUUAGUGACUCCGGUCCAUGUUUCCUCAACAUUUACUCGGAAGCAGAGCUGUCACAGCUACUGGCUUGGGGUGAAGAUGUAAAUUUGGAUUGCGAGAGCGUUGCCGUCGAAGGUCUAGCGGAACGGGUGGCAUACACAUGGACAUUUCAUCCCCUCAAUCCUAUAGACGUCGGUCCGCACAUCGAUGAUCCAGACACCCACCCCUCCUUCUACCCCAACGAUCGUGAUAGACCACCUCACAUAACUGUAAAGAAGGAGAGCACCGAUCUGACGCCAACAGAGGCCGUCGCUCGAUUCACCGGGUCCACCUUGCGCAUCAGAAAAAUCACUCUGGCUCAUGCCGGUGAGUACCGAUGCUCCGUUAACGUGGACGCCAAAUUAGGCAACCCCUCGGGCGCAUUGACCAUUGGUAAACUCUUACGGACAUUCAGAAUUCGCGUUCAAGCAAGAUCAGAAGGAGAAAUUAUCCAGGGUCCUCACAAUAUAACCACAACCAUCGAAAUAGGAAGUGACGCCACUUUUCCUUGCGAAAUAAACGAGGAGGAGCACCGGUCAGCAACCAUACGUUGGGGCAAAUAUAUAUCAUUGGAUGAGUCUGGUUCGACUGACUUCAGGACAAGCGAAGUUCUUCACUGGUCAGGUGGCACAUACGUUGUGCUGCCAACUAUUUUGCCUCAAGAUUUACAGCAAUUCUUCGAUAUUUCCAAACCGCUCGCAGUUAGCAAUCCAGGAUCUAGGCGGAGUCGCCUUGUUCUGAGGUCGGCUUCACCGCGCGACGCCGGCCUGUACAUCUGCUCAGUCAUAACCGAAUCUGGAAGAGAUGAUCACAAAUUCGUGCACAUUUCACUCAAAGAUGGCGAUAAAGUAAUCGAGGGUUUGAACAGUAUUCGUGGGACAACUCCGCGUCACUUAACUAUUUACAUAGCAGUACCGAUUUGCGUUUUUCUGGUCUGCAUUUGUGCAGUCGCCUCGGUCGUUAUUAGAAAUCGCAGUCGUCUAAAUCGACAGCGAAUUCACCGAAAUGGCCAGAAGGCCUUCUUCAUCAGCCAGAGCGUGGGAGCAGUAGGCGAGAAACCAAGCCUUAACUCUUCCCAUCGCUUCCUUGAUCAUAGUUCCCUCGCGGGAAGCGCCUCAAUGACAUUCACGAGGAGUGGAAGCCCUCAGCGUCAGGGCAGGUCGACAGUCUCAUCCAAAGUGCCUCCAGCCAGCCAUUUGCAAAUACGCCCCUCACCCAUGAACAGUACCACCAACACCAGCACUAGUCAGCUGCAGCCUGCGCAGUUCUCGCCUAGCCACGUGCAGCCCUCCCCAUACGUUUAUCCUAGUCUCACUACGGAGUGCGCGUACCCCUCUUCUGACGGUGUUCCCAUGCGACCUCCUUUUACCUCGUCUCCAAUCCCCACUUAUGGGUCUCCUGCCUAUAUAAACGGUCAUGUGCCCAAUGUGGAAUUUCAAAGGUAUCCCCAAGUUAAGGGUAUAUCGUAUAGCGGAUUCCCUCAAUCAGGGGGGUCCAGUGCCUGCACCACUGAAGUUGGUCUCGAUCAAUCUGGCAAUCCUUUCAUAACAACAGGUACUGGUCCUCAGUGCGAUCCCGUGAACGCCCAAGAACCGCAAAGUAGGCGAUUCUUCUGCAUAAGUCCGUCAAGCGGACAGGAUAAUGCAGGCCACAUGCAGACGUAG